GACCGAGUUGGAGUACGAGUCUGUUUUGUGUGUGAAGCCAGACGUUAGCGUUUACCGGAUUCCUCCACGGGCCUCCAACCGCGGUUACAGACAGAGAUGAUAGGCUUUUCAUGCCUAUUCCGUAUGGUUGCUGUAAGGAUUUAUUACUGAGGGCAUCUGACUGGAAAUUAGACCAGCCUGAUUGGACUGGUCGCCUCCGAAUCACUUCAAAAGGGAAGAUCGCUUAUAUCAAACUUGAGGAUAAAGUGUCAGGGGAGCUCUUUGCUCAGGCGCCGGUAGAACAAUAUCCUGGUAUUGCUGUGGAGACAGUGACAGAUUCCAGCCGCUACUUUGUAAUCCGGAUCCAGGAUGGUACUGGGCGUAGUGCUUUCAUUGGCAUUGGCUUCACAGAUCGGGGUGAUGCCUUUGACUUUAACGUCUCCUUGCAAGAUCACUUCAAGUGGGUAAAGCAGGAAUCUGAGAUUUCCAAAGAAUCUCAGGACAUGGACAAUCGUCCUAAGUUGGAUCUGGGCUUCAAGGAAGGACAGACCAUCAAGUUGAGUAUUGGGAACAUUACAACUAAGAAAGGAGGUGCUUCUAAGCCCAAGACUACAGGGGCUGGGGGCCUAAGCUUGCUCCCACCCCCACCUGGAGGCAAAGUCACUAUUCCCCCACCAACCUCCGUUCCCAUCAGCAAUCAUGUCACUCCACCACCCAUUCCAAAAUCUAACCAUGGAGGUAGUGAUGCAGAUAUCCUUUUAGAUUUGGAUUCUCCUGCUCCUGUCACGGCACCAGCACCGGCUCCAGGUUCUGCAAGCAGUGACUUGUGGGGAGACUUUAGCACUGCAUCCAGCUCUGUUCCAAACCAGGCACCACAGCCAUCCAACUGGGUCCAGUUCUGAAUAGCAUUGGCAGGACAUUAAGGACAGACUUGAAGAAAAAAAAUGACCUUGAGGGCACCAAUCUGUGAGGGAAGCUAGGAACCCCUUCUCUCCCCAGAACCAAAAUUAUUGGACAAUCUUUUUCAUAGCUUCUCCAUUGCAUUCAAGCUGGUUUAUAUCACUCCCCUGUGUUGUUACUUGCUGUACAGCCAAGAAAGUAUCUCUUAUCUCCUGUUCACUAUUAAGGCAGGGAAUAAUGGGUCUUACCAUACUUGUGGCUGACUAUGCAGGGCUCAGAAGGCCAGGUCUCUUUGCGGGGGAAAUGAACUCUACCAUCUGUAAAAUUUUUCUCUGUCUUUUCAAUUCUUUAGUUUAUUUCCAAAUCAUCUCAUGACCCCGUGUGCCCUACUUAACAAUUUCAGGGGAAACAGAAACCUUGAAAUUUCCUUUUCCAUUAACCUAAGACCCUAAAAAUGGACUGGCUGACCUCAGUGUUUACAAAUUCAGAGUUUUGAUAGGGAUAGGUAUGAAGAAAGACCUGUUUCCUGGGUCUGUGUUAUAGAUCCUCCUUCAGGCUUAUCCUGUUCAGUGAACAUCCUGUGCCAGGUGCAGCUCCGUCACCCUCUCAUGUGUUUACAUGUUUCUUCCUAUGCUCAGAGGGUUUUGUUGGUGGCACUUUCACUGUUCUUUUGUUUGCUGAAUAGUGCAACAACUUUGACCAGUGGGUGUCUCUUGGAUGAAGGAGGUUCAAGGGGCCGUGUUUCCCAAGUUAUGUUGUAGAGAAGCGUUUACUUUCUUGCAGCUCCAUCUAUCUGCUGCAUUUGAAGUGUGGCAUUACUUUGUAUUUGCCCCAUUAUUUGACCUGAAGUUGAAGGGUUUAGAGUUUUUAACAGGAUAUGUAGAGCAGAAGGGUUGAAAGCACGUAACUCUCUUUCAGUACCCACAUUGCCUUGCUGCCUGGAUAUCUGGCCCCUUUCCAUAAACAUUUAUUUUUCAGUCCAUCGAGCUCUUCACUAGAAAGCUGCUAUUACCUACAUCGUCAUGUAUGGAGGAAGUCGGAGAGUCCCUGGCACGCUAGCUGUGAUAGUUUUGCCCACGUGAUGGCCUUGAUAAACCGUCACCUGGGGUAUCUCAGAAGCAAGUUGCUCUCCCACCACUUUCCCUUCCCUCUACCCCACCAUUCCUUUUAUGAUGCUGUGAAGAGAGUUCCCUUUCUUAGGUGAAUGGGCACUACCUGUUUUGUUUGUUAAUGGGCAAUUUUGAGGAUGAAAUGGGAGGAUAUCAUUUCUUCCCUUAGCACUUCUUUGGAUGUGUACACUCUGGCUGAAGGGAGUCUUAUAUUUAGUUUCAAAAUAUAUUCUCUCUCCUGUAUUUCCUUCCUGACUCUUUUAAACUUUGGGUCCAUUUUUUUCAUUGCCUCCUGUUCCAGGCAGCUCUAUUCUUACAGAGCCAUGGCAGGACAUUUUUAAAAUUCCAAUAGAAAACACUAAAUGGAAAGUUCUAUAGAAUCACUAGUGACUAACUACUGGGAACCUAUUUUCUCAAUCUUCUUCCAUGUUGUGUUCUUUGUAUUCUCAAGAUGAUAAUAUAUUAUGUAUUUGAAUUGCUGGAAAAUUGAAAAUGAAAUUUAAAAUAUAUGUAUAUAAAGCAUAUGCUGUAUUGGUGCAAUAAUGGUAAUUAAAAAUGUGGAAAAAGGUA